CUAAAGGAAAUUUUGGAAAUUUGGAAUCUGGUGUCACUUUUGAAGGACAACAUCCUACUAUUGUCAUGGCAGACCUAUCAGGCUGGAAAAGCAAUCCAUUAUUUAUUAUUUUUACUGGUCUUUCCCUUAUGUGUGAUGUGCCACCUCUCCUUUUAAAUGAAAAGGAAAGGAAAUGCUUACAUGAUAACAUAAAUAACCUCUGUAAUAAUUUCGAUUUAAUUCAAUAA